AUGGCAGGCCGCUCCGACGCUGAGGAGCAACAAGUGCCCAGCGGUGGCACGCCAGCAGACUUCCGGUGGCCAAACCUGCGUAUCCCGGGCUUCCGCCUGCUAUUACCAAGAGAAUCCAGCGUCACGCAAGACUUCAGUCGGAACACGCCCUGGGAGGACCUCGUGUACGCUUUAGAAGAAGCCGCAAAGGCCUUGGUUACGCAGGUGGCAACUCGUAAUACCGUACCCGGAGCCGUACGACAGUCGUUGACGGUCGCACUGCCACCAGCACUGGACCGGACACCCUGGACACCUUGGACGACCUGCAGGGAAGACGCAUCGACAAGCACUCGUGUGUCUGCAGAGCUCUUCCUCGUAUGCGAUGAAACCUGGCAGGUGGCGCAACCUCUGGGGCUCGUGAGACUCUUUGGCGUUCCUGCGUACUGGCUACUCCGUUUGACGCCAGCACUAUCGUCAUAUCGUGACUGGGUUCAAGCUGCAGUUGGCGCACUUUUCUUCGUUGCCACGACCUGUCUACAGACCGAUCAAGACCAGCCUGGUGAAAGCGCGUGCGUUCUAUGGCAGUCUCGCGGAGCGGGGCGCCAGUGUAUGACACCCGACUGUACCUCAGACGUCGAGACUGGUCCCAGGAGGAAGUGCACGACGCUCAACAAGCGAAACGGAAGCACACACUCUGUAGAGUCGACUGAGCCCCAGGACCGUAAGCACUGCACCAGCGUCUCGAUGACAAUGAUGCCCACGACAGUUUUCGUUGAAACAAGCGCUACGAUGACGGAAGCUGCAACCGAGUACCGCGGACUAGGGAUUGGUGAUGGGUUUGCAUUGCGGCAUUACGAAAUGCGCGUGCUAUCUACACCUCCUGCGAAUAUCGAGGAUCUGGAAUCCUUGUUGGCAUUCUUUCGCCAGCAUAUCGUAACACCUUCGCUCUCGCCAGGCGCCACGGAGACGAACAGGAGCAUCACACAAGAGCGGCUUGAGAUUGCCCUGACCUAUGAGGUAGUGCUGGAACCCGAAGCGGUCGAGUCCGAGGGCUUAGUCACAUCGCCUCUUGUAGAUGCGGAUGCCCUGCGGCUUGCGUUGAUGCUGCGAUGGCCACUGAGGUCGCUCGCUGCCUACGAAAGCAUGGAUCUGCUGGAUGCACCAGAGUGGAUCCUCUGGUUACCGAGCGAAAGCCUGGACGCCGAACCCAUGUCCAGCAUGCCACGGAAAGUAAUGCCGGUGCCACACUGGACACAGAUGCGACUGUUGAGACAACUCGUCAGACGACUUGUGCAACUGAUUCGCAUCCUCCGCUCCGUAUCGAUCAGUGAUACUGAGCAGUCCCUGGAUCCAGAGCAGCCCAGCAGGGUGUUCACGUCAAGGCACCUGAUUUGUCCGCUCUUGGAAGCGUUGAGAGCGUGCGUCGACGACGCCUUGAUUGCAAAUUCAUGGCCAAAAGGGCUGCACAGCGAGAACGACGGGACGGUUGCGGCAGAACUUCGUGUGACACUAGAGAGCUUGAAUAGACUGGCGAGUGCGAAUCUGCAGAAAUCAACACCGGAGGCGACACCUCUUGACGCCGCAGCGGCUAGCGUAGAAUCUCAACGGGUUCCAGUGGAAAGCACAUGCCCAGCUGCCAGGAAUCGAGGAGCCGUCGCAUCUGAAAAGAGCGCUGGAGCACAGGCUCCCUCUGCUACGCCUGUGUAUGCGCUGAACGCUGGAAUUCGCGGAGAGGCCGGUGCGGUAGCUCUUGAGCAAACGGCAGUAGCGUUUGCGUCCGAUGCAUUCGGAUCGCAGGCAUACACAGUACGGGUGCCGGGACGCGCUUUGGGCUCCGUCAGCCCUGGGCAAGGGGUUGCUUCAGCUUCGCUCCCGUCACCUGAGCCAGCGCCUGUACCCAGUAGACCGGGCCACCUGCAGACGGCCGGCACACGAAAGCAACUGCAUGGUGCGGCAAGCGAGCAUGCUGUAAAGUCGGAUCCUGAGGCGCUAGGCCAGGCUGAAGUGGAUUCUGAUGCGCAAAUGCCGGUUGCCGCGGAUGACACCUCGACGGAAGGCAUCUUUUCUGUUGAAAACGAUCCACACCGGUGCGCAUCCCUGUACGACGCAAAUCCAGGGGCCAAUGGGACACCCACGGGCAACGCGACUGCCAAAGCUGAGGCAUCUUUCUUUCCGGAUGACUCGGAACCAAGUCGACAGCAAUGGCAGAGACUGCUCGAGUUCGGGGCUAUGCAGUGUGUGAGAGCGCUCUGGCAAGCGAUCUGCUGCCAGUCUAGCAUCGAACGCCAGUAUGUAACGGGCUUUCGUCGCUGUUUCGAGUCCACAGCGGCUGCGUGUGCUGCGCUUUUCCAGUCCUCUGUGCCAGAGACUGGUGUUCUGGGUGCGCACCUGCAGCACAGCAUGGACGAGAUCGAUCAACUGCUGACGCUUUGGGUGCACGUGCAACUUUUGCGACGAGUCUUCCAGGAUCGUAUGGAGCUUUUAGAUGAAUUGCUUCAACAUGGGCAGCUGACGCUUCCGGGGCCGUAUGCUUCGCCAACAGCAGCACCGGUGCAAACAGCACUUCUGGAGUACUUGACGCGCUCGAUCUUUGACCUCGAUGAGGCGGCUGUUCUGGAAACCCCGCACAUGCGGGAAUAUGUCUUGGAAGCGCGAACCGAAGACAAUGAGGAGCGCGCUCGCCUCCUCUACCGACUGACUGGUGAACAUUGUGUGCUCGCAACUGUCCACGACAGCAACUGA